AUUUAUAGGAUGAUAAUGGUUGGGCAGAGUGUGAAAGCUGAAACACCCAAAAAGCUUCUCUAAACUUUUUGCUUUUUUUCUCUUACCUCUGAUUUGCUCAUCACUUUCUUUCUUUUUCCCUGCUUCCAUUGCCCUAAUCAGAACCUUCAAAUUCCUAUACAAAUUUCUUCAAAAAGUCAAAAAUAUCCAUUGCCUUCUUCUUCUUCUUUCUCAUUCUCAUCCUCUUCUUUUGGCCUUUUUUCUUUGGCUUCUUCUUCUUCUUCUUCUUCUUCUCUCUCUUAUGGAAGUCUCUAUUUAUUCGAACAGAAACAGUGGCCAAAUCCACUUGCAACACCACCAAAUCCCGGCGUUUGGAGACUGGGAUAAGGCUAAAGAUUUGCCGAUCACUCAGUAUUUCGAAACAGCUCGUCAAGCUGGUUUGAUCCGCUACAGUUCCUCCUCCGGAGAAAGUGGCCCCUGCCCGCCUCCUUCCGACUUGUACUCCGCCGAUCGGAUGAAACCUCCGCCACUCCCCACCACCGUACGCAAGGGACGGGUGAGGGAAAAGCGUUACCCGCAUGUGGGAUUAAAAGAACAUCAUCAGAUUCCAAUAAAGAAACAGCAAAUGAUGAUGAUGCAGCAAGGCGGGAGAGUGUUCGACGUGACGGAAACGGGGGGAGCCCGAAAAUUGAAGCAAAACGACGUGUCUUCCAUUUCCCGUCCUCCGCCUAGAUCCAAUCUUACUACAAUUCCUAAACCUGUUGAUGAAGAUCUCUACAAAAUACCACCUGAACUACUCCAUUCUUCCAAGCGGAACAAAAUGAAGGGGUUGUUUUCAAGGUGUUUGGUACCUGCUUGCAAUUAAGAAAUUAAAUAUUGUGGCCCUUAUACAUUGGAGAUCAGCACUAUGAUAUGAGAAAUUGUUAAUCUAUCAUAUCUAAUACCCUUUGUUAUUCUAUUUUAUUUUUUUAUUUUUAUUUUUUGAACUUUUUUGUUUUAGUUUUAAGAAAAUAGAAAGAGAAUAGAUUUGAAUCAGUUGUUCUAAUUUUAAUGUGAUGUAAAAAAGAUGUCAUAUAGGAAUGUUGAGACUUGAGAGGUACUAUCUAUUAAUGAAUUACAAUGCAUCAUCACAUCAGAAUUUUGGGCUUA